GGCCCAGCUUCCCGGCCUCUCCCGCGCUCCGCGUCGCCCUCGUUCGCGUCCCGGCCGGCUCGGAGCGGAGCCGCGGUGCGUUCGGGCAUGCCCCGCUACGAGCUGGCUUUGAUCCUGAAAGCCAUGCGGCGGGGUUGGUACAGUAGGCUUCACUAGACUUAGCUGCAACUCAGAAUGUCUCCUCCAGCACCUGAGUAAAUGCUGCAUGGUCUUGUGGAGAGUGGAUUAAGAGUACGAGCUAAGUUCUCGAUCCCAAUUAAGAAGCGGAGGAAAAUUUAAACUGUCUCCUUCAGAGUUUAUCACAACCACCACCAUCAAGACAGCAAACCAAAGGACAAAGACUUUGACCUGCUGUGUUGCUCUGUGUAGUCCAGUUCACGUACAGUUUACAGACUUGGCUGGGGGUACUAAUAAGUGAAUAAAGAGUCGGACACUUCUGUCAUUGGAAGCCUUUUCCCACAAGGUUACCAAAAUGAGGGCUGUACUGGAGACGGCAGACAUUGCCAUAGUGGCCCUGUACUUUAUCCUGGUCAUGUGCAUUGGUUUUUUUGCCAUGUGGAAAUCUAAUAGAAGCACCGUGAGUGGAUACUUCCUGGCGGGGCGCUCUAUGACCUGGGUAGCAAUUGGUGCCUCUCUGUUUGUGAGCAAUAUUGGGAGUGAACACUUCAUUGGGCUGGCAGGAUCUGGAGCUGCAAGUGGAUUUGCAGUGGGCGCAUGGGAAUUCAAUGCCUUACUGCUUUUGCAACUUUUGGGAUGGGUUUUCAUCCCGAUUUACAUCCGGUCAGGGGUAUACACCAUGCCUGAAUACUUGUCCAAGCGAUUUGGUGGCCAUAGGAUUCAGGUGUAUUUCGCAGCCUUGUCUCUGAUCCUCUAUAUCUUCACCAAGCUCUCAGUGGAUUUGUAUUCAGGUGCCCUCUUUAUCCAAGAGUCUUUGGGUUGGAACCUUUAUGUAUCUGUCAUCCUGCUCAUUGGUAUGACUGCCUUGCUGACUGUCACCGGAGGCCUUGUUGCGGUGAUCUACACAGACACUCUGCAGGCUUUGCUCAUGAUCAUUGGGGCACUGACUCUCAUGGUUAUUAGCAUGAUGGAGAUUGGCGGGUUUGAGGAAGUUAAGAGAAGGUACAUGUUGGCCUCGCCCAAUGUCACUUCCAUCUUGUUAACGUACAACUUGUCCAACACAAAUUCUUGUAAUGUCCACCCUAAGAAAGAUGCCCUGAAAAUGUUGCGGAAUCCAACAGAUGAAGAUGUCCCUUGGCCUGGAUUCAUUCUUGGGCAGACCCCAGCUUCGGUGUGGUACUGGUGCGCUGACCAAGUCAUCGUGCAGAGGGUCUUAGCAGCCAAAAACAUCGCCCAUGCCAAAGGCUCUACUCUGAUGGCUGGAUUCUUGAAGCUUCUGCCAAUGUUUAUCAUAGUGGUCCCAGGAAUGAUUUCCAGGAUACUGUUUGCUGAUGACAUAGCUUGCAUCAACCCAGAGCACUGCAUGCAGGUGUGUGGAAGCAGAGCCGGCUGCUCCAAUAUUGCCUACCCACGCCUGGUGAUGAAGCUGGUUCCUGUGGGGCUUCGGGGCCUGAUGAUGGCGGUGAUGAUUGCAGCUCUGAUGAGUGACUUGGACUCCAUCUUUAACAGUGCCAGCACCAUAUUUACCCUCGAUGUGUACAAACUCAUCCGCAAGAGCGCAAGCUCUCGGGAACUGAUGAUUGUGGGGAGGAUAUUUGUGGCUUUUAUGGUGGUGAUUAGCAUUGCCUGGGUGCCAAUCAUCGUGGAGAUGCAAGGAGGCCAGAUGUACCUUUACAUUCAAGAGGUAGCAGAUUACCUGACACCUCCGGUUGCGGCCCUCUUCCUCCUGGCAAUUUUCUGGAAGCGUUGCAAUGAGCAAGGGGCUUUCUAUGGUGGGAUGGCAGGCUUUGUUCUUGGAGCAAUCCGUUUGACGCUGGCCUUUACCUACCGUGCCCCAGAGUGUGACCAGCCUGAUAACAGACCAGGCUUCAUCAAAGACAUCCAUUACAUGUAUGUGGCCACAGCAUUGUUUUGGGUCACAGGACUCAUUACUGUAAUUGUUAGCCUUCUCACACCACCUCCCACGAAGGAACAGAUUCGUACCACCACCUUUUGGUCUAAGAGGAGCGUGGUGGUGAAGGAGAGCUGUUCCCCGAAGGAUGAACCAUACAAGAUGCAAGAGAAAAGCAUUCUGAGGUGCAGUGAGAACAGCGAGGCCAUCAACCACAUCAUUCCCAAUGGGAAAUCUGAAGACAGCAUUAAGGGCCUUCAGCCUGAAGACGUGAAUCUGUUGGUGACCUGCAGAGAGGAAGGCAACCCAGUGGCUUCCUUAGGUCACUCUGAGGCAGAAACACCAGUGGAUGCUUAUUCCAACGGGCAGGCAGCUCUCAUGGGUGAGAAAGAGAGAAAGAAAGAAAUGGAGGAUGGCAGCCGGUACUGGAAUUUCAUAGACUGGUUCUGUGGCUUUAAAAGUAAGAGCCUCAGCAAGAGGAGUCUCAGAGACCUGAUGGAGGAGGAGGCUGUUUGUUUACAAAUGUUGGAAGAGACUCCAAAAGUUAAAGUAAUACUGAAUAUUGGACUUUUUGCUGUGUGUUCUCUUGGAAUUUUCAUGUUCGUUUAUUUCUCCUUAUGAACUUUUAAGGAUAUGGUGAGACACUAACUUAAAGAAAAUACUGUUCUUUGAAAAAAAUUAUGUAUGUAACUGUUGCAUCUCUCAGGCAUUGUUUACGCUGUAGGUUUUACCCAAAUUUUACUUAGCAGAAAAUCACCUAUUUGCAAGACUUUAUUUUCCCAGAGAUGAAUGAAAGUAAAUCUUCUUCAACUUAAAUGAAGCAAAACUUGUUUAGCAGACAGCAUUGUGCAAACAUGGUUUAAAGUUUUCCAUACCAAAGUAAGGAGAGACCAACAGUUCUCAUAGAGCAUUUAGAGCAGAAUAUAUGUUACGAUAUCACGAAUAGGUAUAUUGUCUGCACUGACAAGUCUUGGUAGACCUUCUAAUCCUGAAGUGGAAGACUCGCUCAUGUCAAAGUUUUUUUCAGACUCUGUAAUCCCAACUACCAUUUUAAACUGAUCUCCUAGAUAUUGUACAGUCACUUACGUGCGGAAAAUCUAAUGUGCUUGUGUGGUACUUAUUUGAGGACAGGUUAGUUUGUUAGCACGAGUCUGUGGAUUCUGAUUGCCAAAAGAAAGGAAUAUUUUCCUGUAGCGAUUCAUGUACCACCAGGCUGUAGGAUGUUGGGGAAUACUUUGUUCCUGUUGCCUUUUUUUUUUUUUUUAAUUUCAUUUCUGUUUUUCCUCCUUUGAGACAAGUUUGAAUGAACCAUGCCCAAAUGACCACCAACUCUGUUUUUAUAAAGUUGUAUGUCAUGAUUGUAUUGUUAAAUGAGUAUGGGGGAGAAAAUGAAGUGAACAUUGUGAAUGAUCCACAUGACCAAAUUAAGGUUGUUCCUACAGCCUGGGAAUCAGUAGCCCCCAAGCAGUGUUGGAUAAGCUUAUGCUCAACGGGUGGUUACUCGUACUCCACUAAUUCCCUAGCAUUGUUCUUGCCAUUUGGUAACAUUCUUUAGUAGCCAGAUGCUUUCCCAGUUGGAAGAUAAUGUCCAUAAACUUGAAAAAAAAAGCUGACAUUGCCUUUGUGCUGGGUUGCCCUACUUGAUGAGAUGAUAGUCUGUUGAGGUUGACUUUUUAGAGGGAAAAUUUAAUUCUGAGAUUAUGUUGUAUCCUUGAUAAAAAUUUUUCCCUAAUUUUUUUCACAAAAGACUUGCCAUGUGUAGAUGGCUUCUACAUUUUUGUUUAAAAAGUUAAGCAGCUUUGCCCAAGGAUGUUACAGUGCAAAGUGACCAUCAAUAACAGCCCAGCUCCACGCUUUGCUAUUGGCAGGGUGUCAGCACAGGCUUUCUGUAGAACGGAUGGCAUAUUCGAGAGGGACCAGAGCAAGAAUUUCUGGGUAUAGUGAUGUGUCUUGUAGAGGACAUUACAGGACUUGUAUAAUUAUAGGACCCUCUGUUGGCUUGGUACUCAGUGGAUAUUUCCAUGGAAGGGAGUCUGUUUUUCACAGGCGAAGGAUUCCCCUUAGCGAGGACAAGGUGUGAAAGAUGCUAGAGAAAAGCGCUGUAGGUUACGUAGUUAUGUGUCCAUAAGUGGCCAGCGCUGUCCUUGUUGUCCUCCAUAAAAGAUGAAGGAAGCUAAUUGUGUAUCUACUUUCUUUUCUGUAAUCUCUGAUACUUUUUAAAUUGCAUGAUUUUAUUAACCUUGUAUUCUUUAGGAAAAUUAUUACUUUUAUAUCUACUUUUGUAGAUUUUUAACAAAACUCAGUCCUAAUGACUUUAACAUUUUUGUAGUCUGUAAACAAGUUUCAUCAUGAUGGACUUGAUUAGUCCAAAGUUGAUUUUAGAAGUUACCAGUAGCAUAAUGUCUUCCCAUCUCCAGGAGGCUUUCUGAUGUACUGAGUCUGUAGAUGAAAACAGUUCAUGUAUGAAUAGUGUGUAUUUCUGAGAGCGCUUAGAGUGCCUUGUAGAACUUUUUUUCUGUUACAUUCUUCAGGUUUAUAACCUGGGGGCCAAAAAGGUAGGGACCACCCUUUUCUUGUGUGGAGGCUGAGACUGUGACAUGUCCAAGGCUACUAGUCUUCAGUAAGAACAACAGGGAAGAAGAGAAACCAGGUCUCCAAAUCUGGACUCAUGGUUUGCCCAUUAAACUGUUCUUCCUUUGAGACAACUUUUUGGUAUUUGGGGAAGAAAUAGUGUCUUGGGUUUUUCAAGUUGGCAUUAAGUUGUACGAAUUAAAGUCGUUUUGGACUCUGAGCACAUUGCUGUAUAACUCAGCAGAGUAAGUUGGCCUAUUGGCUGGCAGCCUUCCUACCCCUUCUAUUGCAGCAGAAAUGGAAUGGGGUGUGUGUGUGGGUUUUCUCUCUAUUGAAUGUUGACUCCUAACAGUUUGUAGGUCCCUCUACCUUCUCCGUUGUUGUCUUGUAAGAUACAUGAAGCGCAUCAUCUUGUGUCUGUCUGUUUGUAUAUAGCAGUAGGUCAAGUUUAGAGUACUAAGGUCUGUAAAUAAGGAAUGACUUAGCAGAUCCGUUAGGGUUGUUUAUUCUUGCCAUUGUAAACAUCGCUUUAUUUAGACGGAAGUCCCUGAAGCUUGUCCUCCUUACUGGUUCCCAGUAAUAGAUAAUGUGCUUGAAUAAGUAUGUGAAUUGCUGAUUGCAACUUCAUUUCAGGGUGCCAGUCUUCAGUCUAUAUUUCACUAGAAUGAUUGUUCCUGGAAUGAUACAUGGUCUGCCUAAGCUAGUAGAAUGUUCAUACUAAAUGAUGACAUUGGUCUCUGUACGUUCGCAUGUAUGUAUUUUUAUAUUAGCUCAGCUAAGGUGCAGAAUUGACUGAUAGUAACUAACAUAGUUAGCUAAAAGUCAAAACGAGGUGAGGACACUGGUCUUUGGAGAUGGAGAGAAGUACUGUCUUAUCAGCCGUUAAUGAUAUUCCCCAGCUCUCAAAUUUUUGUCCUCACAGGCUACCUAGUCUCGGUCUGAUGAGUUUCUCUGGCAAGCGCAGCUAGUUAUUGGCUGUUUUAUGGGACUUCUCAUUCUCCUUUCCAUCUUGCAGAACGUCCUGUCCUGCCACCCUAAGGUAGUAAGAUGCUUUCCAAACGACUGACGCAAUCUCUUCCCCUCCAGGCAUUCUUUUCUGGGGAGGUGAUCACUCUUGUUCUUUAGGGUAGAGAAGGGUUGCAGUAGCAAUGGCAGUUAAAUCAGGAGUCUCCCAGAGCUUCCUUUUCACUUGCCUCAAAGGAUCCAUUGUCUUACUGCCCAAAGAGGCCGGCCGGGGUCACCAUAGCCGUGGCUAUUAAGAAUGGUGCUUCAGGAAGUUCGAAGGGGCCUGUUUCUCCAUGAAACUUCACAUUUUAAGAAUUGAAUCUUUUAGGGUUUGCCCUGGACAAGGCCUGAGGCCCAGUAGGGCUUAAAGGUCCAGGACAGAUUAGAGCCUUUAAGUCUUCGUUCUUAGCUCCUUGUGCUGUUUGAAUGGGUCUUUGCCCUCUCUCCCUGAGUAUCAUUUAAUGUUAUGGGAUAUUUUCUUUCUUUACCCCUCAGUAGACCCACUAUAGGGUUGCUAUGAGUCAGAAUUGACUUGACGGCGGUGCGUUUGGUGGCUUUUUAGAUCAGCUAUAUUGUUAGCUGCUAAAAGAUUAGGUCCUUUAAUGUUCUCACUUGGCAGGUUAGGCUUGCUUCCCUUAUUACUUACUCUCCUGUCUCAUUUUCAUCAAGGUAUGAUGGCUGGGAAGUACCACCUGAAUAUUUGGUAGUGACAGUUGCCACCAUUCCACAGGUUCGGGUUGGGAGAAGGUGUGUACAAGACUGUCCCUGUUAGGUUAUAUGACUACAGAGACUUGACAGGACAAAAUCUUCCUAAGAAAACAGAGAAACUGCGUAAGGUGCUGAGAAGUACCUGGGUAGUACAGACAUUAACAGGUUGGUAAAGGACAAACAUUAGUUUAAAAUCUGCUAACUUAGAAUCGUAUUCGCUGAGUUCUAGAUCUUGAAGUGUCUUGGCUCUCUGCUGGUUUAUACCCCACCCCAUGUAGAUGAUAGUACCAGUGGAGUAAGAUCCAGCCUGGUUAAACCCUGGUUUGAUGUUAGAUAUUAUGAAAUAUGAGUUUAUUAACACAUUUGAGGUUAAACUGACUGAUAUUAGAUAGUGAUAAUUUAGUAGAAAAAAAAGUUUUUAGGCUUCAGUAUUCAUAAGAUUUGUCAUUAGCCAGGUGUUAACUUGCUAAAGUCAUUUCAGUGUUCACAUUAGCCUGAGCUGACUUUACAACUAGGGUCUAUUUCUGUGUGCACGUAUACUGCCCCACCAUUCAGAGACUGGUCUUACCUUGCAUUUGUCUUCCCUCAUACUGCUGCUUUCACUCUUCACCUAGCCUUUCUUUCAGCACUUACCAGAUUUGCAUUUUGGUAUUUUGGCAGCUGUGUUCACCUUCAGGCUUGCUUCUGUGGUGGAACAUGAGAGUGCUGCUUUGCCCCCACUACUGAGGACUUAGAUCCAGAGGACUCAUUAAAUACAACUAUGUUUAAAUGUACUGAAUUUCUAUUAGCUUAAGAUGUUAUUCUCAAGAAUGAUUUUCUCAGACUUUGUGUUAAUUAAUAAUAGAAGCACUAAUAAUUCAUCAUUAUUUUAUUCUUAAAACUCUUUUUUCAAAAGUUAGGAAGAGAACACACAAGUCCCUUUGAAAGGAUGCUAUCACAAUGCAGAGAGGCAGUGAAGUUAGCUUUGAUGCCAGAAAGACUUGUUCUUGCAAUGAAGAAAAGUGAAUUGUUAGUGGGCACAUAGAGAAACCUUUUUGUACUGCAGUAACACCUGCAAAAGCCAGAACGUGUGUAAGAUCAAAACCUGUCCAGAAGGAAAACUCAGAUUUUUGAGACCUGAGAAAACCAGGCAGUGCCAUCAAGUUCCGGUUCUCACGGGUUUCCCUGCAGUUAGGGAUGAUGCUGUAUUGCAUGAUCAUAGUCUUCUGAGAGAUAGUUAGACUUGGUUGACUUGACUCAGGGCUGCAGGCCCCUUUCCUUCAUCAGUGUCACUUGGUUUGGUAUGCUUUUUGUCAGAUUACCCUCGCAGUUGGAAGACUAGCUCUUCAGCUGUGCCCACUCCUAGGAGAGAAUUUAGUUAGGGCUUCACUAAUUCAUAGGCUUUGCCGGCAUUGAGUCUCCCACCGUUUUUCACAUAGCCAUAUAAAUGUAUUUAUUUGAACUUCUCUCUCCAAUGCUGGGAUUAAGGCUUUAAACUGCUGAUUCACCUUUAAAGCAGUGUGGCAGUUUAUGUAAUUUGUGUUUCUGUUUCCAUCUCAAAUCCUUUAUAAAGGGUGGAUUUAGCUUUUGUUUGGGACUAGCACACCCGUUAUCUGGUAACCAACAGUCUUAACCGUUGGCAUGUAGUCUUUUACUCAGAAGUAAACAAACAGGUUUGAUGUAUCUCUGUCAUCACUAAUUCCACACACUUUACUUUCUAGAAGAGGACUGUACUUAACCUGAGGCUGCUGACUUAAGCCAGUACCCUUCCUUUCUGUACUGAAAUUUUGAUUACCUGGAUUCACAAUGUGAUUGAAUAGAGGGCUGCUAAAAUAAAGUAGGCAGCUGGAGUGACAACAAGAUAAAGUAUAGUGUGCUCUGAGAGUCUCCUUCGUGUAGGAGCCACGGUUUUCCUCUUCUUGGAAAAGCGCUCUAAUUGGUGCCCAUAAUCACCCCUCCCACCGCCCCCCUCAUUCAAGACUAAUAAGGGACAUAGCUGUUUCAGUGAUUUCAAGAGAAGAAGUUGACAGUAGAUACAACCUCAUUGGAGACAUUUUUUUCUUGGUAAAUUCACCGAGCUCCCUAGAGCUGCAGAAUGUCUGGGAAUGUUUAAAUUUUCUACCUUGAUGGACAAACUAGUCUGGAUAAUUUUUCGAUUUAUCAAUAUAGCCCAGACUCCUAUAAGUGGAAUGUUCCUUAAUAGCUCACUUUUUGCUAUAAAAAUUGGAAAUUGAAAUUAGGCUCAUUGUUGUUACAUUGAAAUCCCAAAUGGGCAGAGGCUAACAUACAGGGUAAUCCAUAAUAUAACCUGCUUCUGAGAUUGGUGUGUUUUGAUUAGUACCUUCUGGUUGCCACUGUUGACUCUGCUAGUUUGCACCUUUCCCUUUCUUCAUAGAAACUCUCGCUUGUUAUUGUUCCCCUUUAAAUUUUGUUAUAACUAGUGAGGGAGUAAGAAUACACAAUUCGAUUCACAUACCUUAUGUGCAGCCUUUAUGUAGGUUCAAGGAAACCGGCUAGUUCUGUAUUCCUGUUGUAGCUUGAAUGUUAUUUAUUUGUAUUUGUUUUAUAUCCUUGAACAUUUAAAAUAACUCGUAUUAGUUCUGUGAGUUUAUUUUAACUUUAUGGCUUGCCUGGUGCAGGUUUGAUAGGCAUACCUGAGAACACACCUGUGAGAACAGUUCAUAUUUCAUGAUGGUGAAAAAGCUUAAGUCCAUAGAAAGCACAAAGUCACGUUCAUACAUGUGCGUGUCUCCACAGUAGGAAGCACAAGAUUAGUGGUAUUUUCAGUAUCCCACAAGUGCCAGUCACAAAGCCCACCGGGUGUUGUGAUGAUGACGAUCACAGUGUUGAAAACCCUGAGCAGUGAGGUAUGGGUCCUAAGUAACAAGCGAUCCAGUGUCAUAAUCUGUGUAAGUUUGCACCACUUUGGUGGGGGGAGAGAAUACAAACGUCAAGAAUGCUGCAAUUAUAUUUUGGGGUUACUAACUAAAGGAGCCUGUGCACUCUGUCUCGCACUCUGGAACUAAAGAAACGGUCAGACUUCCCGGUUUGGGGUUGGGACACUAUGUAGACAAGCAUCUGCUUUAAGCUGUAGAGCCAUUGGAAUUUUUUUUUUUUUUAUCUUCAAUUGUUAGGAAAUAUUAUCUACCAUCAGCAGUGCCCUAAGAAAACGUGGAGAAAUUUCACAUUUUAAUGGGGCAAGUACUGCUUGUCUUUAAUUUUUGAAUAGGUUUGUCUGUGAGAAACCAAAAACAAAACAAAACAAACAAACCCAUUGCUGUCGAGUCAUUUUCAACUCGUAGCGAGGUGGAUGUUAUCUUUAUUUUUUCACAUGCUUGAUUGUGCUUCAUAAGUGUCAUGAGCAUCAAGCUAACGCUGAGAGAAGUCUUCCAAAUGAGUUACUAUGCUUUUCAGAAUGGCCGUAAGAGACUAAAGGCUUAUCUUACCUGUCCCCUGACCCUCUUCAGGAGUAGAUUAGAUGAAAUCUGUGAAUGUUUGUGUGAUAGAUGAAAAUGAUGUAUUUACUUCCUCUCAGCAUUGCCCUUCUCCUGCGCCUCACCUGAUUCACUUCUGAAACAGUCCAUGUUUAUCAGGAAAGAGUAAAUUCAUCUCUCUCUGGAAUCGUGCCCACAUGUUAAAGGAAACAACUCUCAGAAUGGGAGCUCACUGCACACUUUUGCUCCCAUGCUCUAUUUUGUAUAUUUAUCUUGUUAGGGAGAGACUUGGUCAACUCUGAUGCAUCCAGAAUGAAGAACAUAGCUGGUGUGGUCUGAUGUGACAUGUUCUAGAAGAGUUAACCCAAGAGACGCCCCUGGUGUGUGUACCUGCAGUGUUCUUUUAUAAUCUCAACCUCAGACUGGGGGAGGCAGGGGAGAAGAGUGCCAGGAAUGCAGGACAAGGAAAAGCUGGGAGGUCUGCGGCCUAGCAGUAUAUAUGCUAAUGCAGAGAAGUUACCACCUGUUGACCCUGGGUGUUAUGUGUUCUGUGCUCCUAAGAACUUUAAGAAAGAAUGCCUUUGAAGAUUUCCUUUGGCAGAAUGAAUAGCUUUCAUUUCAUUUAUAAUUCCAUGGAAAACUGCUUUAAUUAGCCUACGUGAAAAGUAGUCCUAGCAGUGUAAAUAUGUAUAAUGAAAAUUUUCUGAUUUCACUGUGAGAUUUCUAACUUUUGAGUUGGCAGACAGAUAAGCCUUUUGCUCAUAGAUUUUUCUGUAGAGUUGGUAGAUGCAAAAGCUUUAUUAUUAUUAUUACAAAUGGCAUAUUAUGUUAGUGUCAAAUGAUGGUGUGGAAUCUCUAUUCCUGUUUCCCCCCCAUCAUCCUCCAGUUCAUAGAUUGCCAACAGAGUUCAGAGGUAAGCAGGGAUUGACCUUGGAUGUUCGUGGACGUCCUGUCUUCUGUUGUGCAGACUGAUGUCGGCAAUCACAUGAAUGGAGCUAUGCUUCUCAGUGCUUUUUUUUUUUUUUUCUGAUGAGGUGGAUAUCAAAAAUAGUUGCUGUGCAAAAGUAAGUAGUCUUCUUCAAGAAGAAAACCAAUUCCUUUUCUAAUAAUACCUUGUGAAAUUGUUUUAUUCAUUCCUUUAUUUUUAAGCCAAAUGUCAGCAAAGUACUGCUGCUUUUAUGUAGUAAUUUUGAUACGUAAGUAUUAAUGCAUUUUUAAAGAUGUCUACAUCGAAGACCAUUUUUUCUCCAGUGGCCUGCUUUGUUCAGAUUUUCUGUAAAAGACCAGUCAAUACAUGGGGGUGUGUAUUGUGUACGUGUAUCAUGCAUUGUAGACCAAACGUGAUUUUCAGCGGUUGUCGAAAAUUAAUUUGUUAUUGAUGAGUUUUUUGAAUUACGAACUGAUUUCCAAUAUACUCUUCAUCGCCCACUGCUUAUUUUUUAGUUCAAUUAAUUGGGUCCAUCUUACUGUACAGUGUUUUAGUUGCAAGCAGAAAGUAGAAUUUGGUGUCAACCUUUACUUCCAUAUCGGAAGGAAUACAGUGAAAUUAUAGAUUUAGGAUUGUUAACCGUCGAUGACAAUUCUAACUUGACUAUUCUAACCUACAAUCUGAUUUUUAAAAUUGUAGACAUGUAUGAUCUUGGUUUAAUGUGUUUUUAAAAGUGUUAUUGCUGUUUAAAAAAAAAGCAAUUCUGCUACAGAUCUGUCAGUUUUCCUUACUGACUUGGUGUAAAAUACACUGUUCUUUGUGUACUGUGUGUUAUUUUGCCAGCUGCUGCAUUCGCCUUCAGAAGUAUUUGGAAACUUAAGAUGAACUACAUUUCUUGCAAAAUACAUUCUUUUCUGUGGUAUUUUGUCCUGUAACUGAAGUAUAGUAAUAAUUUUAUGGAAAUGUUAGCACUUCUGUACCAACUUUGAAUAAAAUGAAAAAUUUCCAUUCCUGUGACUGAGUAUUUUUAGUCUGAAGAUGUGUCUGUCGUCGACAACGCGCAGUAUCCUGUGUCCCGGGCCUACCGGAGCUGCUCCUCUCGGCUCACGGAUGAGUUUGCCCUGCCCGUUACUUACUCACACCCCUCUGUAAACGCACAGGUAUCGCCUGAGAAUCAAGUUAUAGACAAAACGUUCAGUAGGUUAAAAUUUUUAGUUUUUUUUCCGCUUGUAAUUUUGAAGCAUUUUCAAAUUUACAGCAAAGUGGUAAGAGCAGCAUUAAGAAUUUAGGAAUAACCUUCAUCAGAUUUCACCAGUAGUAGAUAGUGCCCACAUUGGCUUGGCCGUUCUCUCUGAUCGCACACAUAUUUUCCCCAACCAUUCGAGAGUACGUUGUAGACAUCCCCGUCUACCUAAGUCCUUGGGGUACAUUUCUUAAGACAAGGACAGUCACUCAUAACCACAAUAUAAUUAUCACAAUUAGGAAAGUAAUGGUAUUUUAAUCUAAAGACUUAAAAUAUUACUGGUUCUAGUAAUAAGCAACUUUUUUUUAAAGUCCAGGGGCCAGUCACCACGUUUAGCUUUUUUGUCUCUGGCGUCCUUUAAUCUGGAAUGGUUCCUCAGCCUGUCUUUGUCUUUCAUGCCUUGACAGUUUCGAAGAGGACAGGCCAGUUAUUUUGUGAAAGUCUCCUCAAUUUGGAUUUUCCUUUAUGAUUAGAUUCAAGCUGUGCAGUUUUGGCAGGAAUUACAAGUGAUAAUGUCCCCCGAGUUUUACAUCAGGAGGCAUGUGAUGUUGGUUUGUCCCAGUAUUGGUGACAUUAACUUUGGUCAGUUGGUAAGGUGGUGUCCAUCACCUUUCUCCACUGACAGGUUACUCUUUCUUCCUUUUGUAAUAAGCAAUUUGUGUAGAGAUACUAAGGAGCCCUGAUGGGGCAAGGUUAACUGAAAAGGAAACCCACACAGCGGCUCUAGGAGAGAAAGACCUGAUGAUCUGCUUCCAUAAAGAUUACAGCCUAGAAAACCCUAUGGGGCAGUUCUGCUCUGUCAUGUGGGGUCAGUUUGAGUUGGAAUUGACUGAGCGGCACCUAGCACUAACACUUAGGAACUAUGUAAAUAACCUAUUCCUCAUAAAAUUUGAAGACUCUCUAGUUUUAGCAUCCAUGGGUACUUAUUGCCUGAGGAAGUUAUCCUGUGAUGAUGCAAAAUGACGAUUUUUUCCUAACUUUUUUUCUGUAUUUAUCAUCAGCGUGAGCUUAUGGUUGUUCAGUGGGUUAUAAUCCAUUAUUCUGCCCAGAUAUUUCCAGAUUUACCUAGUGGGACCCCUUCAGGUUUUGAGGGGGUCCUUUGUAACCUGUAUUUCCACCAUUUUUGGAACCCUUCCUUGUUUUCCAGCACAACAAGCUGUUCCAGGCUCAUGCUGUACUUUCCCUGCCCCAGUCUGGGAGGCAGUCCAAUAGGAAAUAGUAUUUAGAAAUCCAGGUCUGGGUGUGCUCAUUGCUGCUGGGGUGCUGUUACUUCUGGGCCCUUGCAGCAUACCAGAGCUGUGACAUUCGUACACAGUACACGUCUGAGCCAGCACCGGAGGGUUCUUUUCGCCUUUCCCCAUCCUGUCCCCUGUUCUGUUCCCUUUUCCACCUGGGCCAAGUCUCCUAACAUUACUAUACUUAGUCAUUUUUUAAAUCCUGAAGCUCCUUAGAAUUAAAUUUUUUUUUCAUUCGUUUUUCAGAAAGUGUCUGAGUACCAAGAGUGGCUGUCUGUUAGGUGAUCGAGACGUCUGUGUAAAAUACCUCUGUGUACACGGUCUGAAUUGUAAUAAUGGUGAGCCAGAUUUUCUCUGUUAUAGGCUAGGGACGGGGGCAGUCUCUGUGGUGGUCACUGGUCUUUCUAGAACAGUGCAUGGUCUACAGUGGAUGCUUAAUAGAUGUUGAAACAGUGAGUGGAUGACCACACAGCUUGUGUCAGCUGGGUUUUGAAUUCAGGUCUGUGACGUCUGAGUGCAUGCUGCGUUGCGGGGGUCGGCAGACUUUCUGCCAAGAGCCAGAUAGUCGACAUUUCUUACUUCUCCGGCCACACAGUCUCUGUGGCAGCUGCUCAGCUCUGCCUUCGUAGGGUAAACGUGGCCCUAGUACAUAAACAGAUGAGCAUGACUGCGCUCUAGCAAAACAUUUGCACAGGCAGCCCUGUGAGCUGUAGUUGGCCGACACCUGCCGUAUUAUGACACCAAAAAACCUGCCGCUGUCGAGUGGAUUCUGAUGCUUAGUGACCCCAUAGGGUUUUCAAGGCUAUAAAUCCUUAUGGAAGCAGACUCUACAUCUUUCUCCUGUGAAGCCGCUGGUGGUUUCGAACUGCCGACCUUUCGGCAGUCGUUUGCUUUACCCGCUGCGCCACCAGGGCUCCUUUAUUGUGACAUUAACUGGCUCUUAGUUCUUGUAAAGUCCGCAUGACCUGUGGGACAGACAAGGUUUUUGGAAUGGAUCUUUCAGGCUCCCAGGAAAAUAAUAUAUUGUCACUAGUGUCCAACGCUUAUGAUCAAGCAUAAAUCAAAAAAAUAAAUAAAAGAAAUCCAUUGCCCUAAAGUCCAACCCGACUCAUAGUGACCCUAUAGGAUAGAGUAGAACUGCUCCGUAGGGUUUCUAAGGAGCACCUGGUGGAUUCGAGCUGCCAACCAUUUGGUUAGCAGCCAGGCUCUUAACUACUGUGCUAUCGGGGUUUUCAUGAUCAAGCAUAAAU